GACCGACUGCGGCUGCGCGGCAGGUGUGGGAAGAUGGCGGUGGCGGUGCGGAGCGUCCGGCCCGCGGCCGGCUUGGCCCGGCUGGUGCGCGCUCUGGCGCUGCUGUGCUGCUUCGCGGCCCGCGGGAACGCGCUGUACUUCCACAUCGGGGAGACGGAGAAGAAGUGCUUUAUCGAGGAGAUUCCGGAUGAGACCAUGGUCAUCGGGAACUACCGCACGCAGCUGUACGACAAGCAGCGCGAGGAGUACCAGCCGGCCACCCCCGGGCUGGGGAUGUUCGUGGAGGUGAAGGACCCGGAGGACAAGGUCAUCCUGGCCCGGCAGUACGGCUCCGAAGGCCGCUUCACCUUCACCUCCCACACCCCUGGCGAGCACCAGAUCUGCCUGCACUCCAACUCCACCAAGUUCUCACUCUUCGCUGGAGGCAUGCUGCGCGUCCAUCUAAGUAUCCAGGUGGGUGAGCACGCCAAUGACUACGCAGAAAUUGCCGCCAAGGACAAGCUAAGUGAACUGCAACUGCGUGUGCGACAGCUUGUAGAGCAAGUGGAACAGAUCCAGAAAGAGCAGAACUACCAGCGAUGGCGAGAAGAGCGCUUCCGUCAGACCAGUGAGAGCACCAACCAGCGGGUGCUGUGGUGGUCCAUCCUGCAGACCCUCAUCCUCGUGGCCAUUGGCGUGUGGCAGAUGCGACACCUCAAGAGCUUCUUCGAAGCCAAGAAGCUGGUGUAGGCACCGCUGGCCUCUGGCCAUCUGUGCUUUCAGGGAGGAAGAAUCUCCAGAACUGUUGUUUGGCAGGAGGGCUGAUUACUAGCUAUGAGGCUGGGGGGGAGGGGAGCGAGUGCCCCUGGCUUUUACUUACCAGUGACAGGACACAAGCCGAUCCUCCCCAGGGCCCCAAGCUCUUUGCCAUGAUCAACCAGACCAGCUGGAGCUGUGGGGUGCAUCUUUAGCCCUCCCAUCCCCAGAACCACAGUGUUACCUAGUCAGGGUGUGCCAAGUUGGGAGGUUGGGUUGGAUAGCAGUUCUGUCAUUCUUUGGUCUUCCUUUACAAAUUUGGGGUUGGGAACAGAUUGGGGUAUGGCUGUCAUUCCCCACAUCCUGGCACUUCACUGUUCCCUCUGGUUUUUACACCCAACAUGCUGAUUUUGGGAGGGGUGCAGGAUGUAGCCUCUUUCCCAGGUUGUCCUUUCUGGGGCAUGAACCAGAUAUGGCCAAGAAGAGACCUUGGUGCUGUGGGGGAUGGGAUCUGCGGAAUCUUCGUUACUGAUUUCAUUUUCAAUAAGUCUCAGUUUGUUACAUCAGUUUCCCAAUAAAAUGAAUGAACUUCUGAUCCUGGA